CAGCAGAGAACAUCACAUUCAACGCCGUUAUUGAUCAACAGCGAUGUCAUUCCCAGAGCCGCUUACUCACGAAGAACACAAGAAGUACGGGAUUCCGCUUGAAUACCGUGACCGCUGUGCACGUUUGCUCGUGCCAUUGAAAAAGUGCCGUAAGGAGAACCUGUACAUGCCAUGGACUUGUCAAGAGGAGAGACAUUCGUAUGAAAAAUGUCAGUACGAAGACUUCAAGAGACGUGUUAAGGAGAUGGAGGCGUUGAAGUCGAGUGAUGCUUAGAGCUUCUGGCUUAGUUUCGUCUCUCUUUGGCGUUGUUCGCUCCAUGAAGGUUUAU